AUGGAAUCCUUUCUACAGCAACUGACUCGUGGCAAUGCUUUUUUGCUCAUCAUUAUUCUGGGAGCUGGAGGAAGUUUUCAGUCUGGUUACCACUUGACUGAUUUAAGUUCUCCCUCACCGUUUAUACAGUGCUUCAUCAACAGCAGCUGGUAUGACAGAUAUGAUGAGCAUCCGCCUGCUCAGACCAUCACCAUGAUCUGGUCCCUUAUCGUCUCCUUGUAUGCUGUCGGGGGACUCUGUGGUGCUGUCUGUGUCAAAUUCAUCUCAGGCAGGCUGGGGAGAAAACAGGCAGUGAUCUUCAACAGCUUCAUUUCCAUGGUUGCAGCAGGGAUCAUGCUGACAAGCAAAAUGGCCAACUCCUUUGAAAUGAUCAUUGUGGCAAGGAUCCUGUACGGCUUCUCAUCGGGUUUGGGAGGGAGCUUACAUGUGAUGUACCUCGGAGAGAUCUCACCCAGAAAGUUUAGAGGCAUAGUUACUCUCACCUCAGCGACCUUCUCGUCACUUGGCAAACUCUCAGGACAGUUCUUUGGAUUAAGUGAGAUCCUCGGACGUGAGGACCUGUGGAACAUCGUCCUCUGUGUCCCUGCAUUUUUCUCUCUGGUUAAUAUCAUGGCGCUGCCUUUUCUUCCGGACGCGCCCAGAUAUUUACUUAUAGAGAAAGGUGAUGAUAAGGCAUGCAAAAAAGCCCUCCAGAGCCUGUGGGGUCCAGCUGACUACAAAGAGGAGAUGGAUGAGAUGUUGACAGAGCAGGCUGCCAUUGAAGCCGCUCCACCAAAGAGCCCCCUGCAGCUGCUGAGUGACAGGACGGUCCGGUGGCAGCUCAUCUCCAUGUCCCUCAUCUACACCUGCAACCAGCUGUCCGGCAUGUCUGCUAUCAGCACCUUCUCCUUCGACAUCUUCCUGGAGGCGGGGAUACCGACAGACAAGAUCCGCUACGUCACUCUUGGUCUCGGAGUUUGUGAGAUCAUCACCUCAAUCUCCUGUGGUCUGAUCAUUGAGCGCACAGGGAGGAGGCCGUUGCUGUGGGGGGGCUAUGGAGUCAUGUCGGCCUGCUUGGUGUUUGUUACUGUCACAAUGAACCUGAAGAACUCCAGUCACUGGGUUCCUUACAUUACUGCUGGUUUGAUCUUCAUCUUCAUCAUCUUCUUUUGUGGAGGACCUGGGGGAGCGACAGCCACUCUCAACAGUGAGUUGUUUAUCCAGUCCAAUCGAGUGGCAGCGCUUGUCCUCAUGGGAAUCCAGCGCUGGUCUAUCUUCGCUGUGAUGGGUCUCGUCUUUCCAUUCCUCAUUGAGGCCCUCAGCUCUUACUGCUUUGUGCUGUUCGCCUGCAUGUGCCUGCUGGGUUGUCUCUUCAUCUUCUUCGUCCUGCCAGAGACCAAAGGAAAGACCCUGCUGGAGAUCUCUGAGGAGUUUGAAGCCAUCACUGUCUGUGGGAAAUCCUUCGUAGGGAAGAAGAGCGUGGAGACCAGGUUAUAAUACAGAGCAGAUACAAGUAGCUACAGACUGUUGAGAUGCAAGAGUUUGACUUUUUGUUGCCCACAAAUGGGUUUAACUAUAUGAUAAACAUUACUAAUGCAUCU